UGCCCGCAAAGUGCCUGAACUUUAUGCGCACAAUGCGUCUCUUCAUUUGCACUGUUUUUGUGCCUUUAAUCUUUGCUGUGGAGUCUCAGGUGAAAUCUGCAGUAUUUGAUGAGCAGACUGGAAAACUGAUUGUAAAGGAGGGAUUUCAGAACGACUAUGUCGCAGUGGCAAACUUUACAGAUGACAUCAGUAAAACGGGCUGGUCAUAUCUAGAGGUUAUUACUAAUGGCAGGUACAAUGACACACUGCAAGCUUAUGGUGCUGGAGUUGUGGAGGCUGCGGUCACUUCUCAGCUCAUCUACAAGCAUUGGAUGAACACACUGAUGGGGUACUGUGGACCGUUUAAGUAUGAUGCAGGCUUCUGUCAGCGUCUGAAAGAAUACAUUACCACCAACCUACAGUGGGUGUCAGAGCAAAUAGAGAAAGCAGCAGAGUCACCAUAUUGGCAUCAGGUCCACUUGUCUCUUCUGCAGCUGAAAGGUUUGGAGGAUGGUUAUAAUGGCCACCCGACCUUCCCGAAAAGAGGACUCUCCUUCGACCCCUUAGGUUUUCUAUUAUUUCAGAUGGGUGGAGAUUUGGAGGAUUUGGAGGCUGCUUUAAACAAAUCUAGCCAGUCACGUACAGUCGGCUCUGGAUCCUGCUCUGCACUAAUCAAACUCCUGCCAGGAAACAAGGAGCUGUUUGUUUCUCAUGAUACAUGGAACAACUACCAGUCCAUGUUAAGAAUCAUGAAGAAGUACAAUUUUUCCUUCCGGGUAUCCCCAAAAGAUCAGGCAUUGAUUCCCGGAAGCACUCAGACAUUCUCUUCUUACCCUGGCUCCAUCUUUUCAGGAGAUGACUUCUAUAUUCUAAGCAGUGGCAUGGUUACUAUGGAAACCACGAUUGGUAACAGUAACCCUGAUUUGUGGAAGUUUGUGAAUCCUGUCAGUACUGUCAUGGAGUGGCUAAGAAACAUUGUAGCCAACAGGCUUGCUCGAACUGGCAAAGAAUGGGCUGAUAUUUUUAGCCAGUUCAACAGUGGAACGUACAAUAACCAGUGGAUGAUAGUUGACUAUAAGAAUUUUAUUCCAGGCAAACCCGUUCAGAAUCAGGGGCUGUUUACAGUGCUGGAGCAAAUACCAGGAAUGAUCGAAAUUGCAGAUAAAACUGAAGAACUAUACAAGACCAGCUACUGGGCCAGCUACAAUAUCCCGUAUUUUGAGCAGGUGUUCAAUGCAAGUGGAGGUCCAGACCUGGUGAAGAAGUAUGGCUCUUGGUUUUCCUUUAGCGACAAUCCAAGAGCUCAGAUAUUCCGCCGCAACCAUUCCCUCGUAACUGACCUGGAGUCAAUGGUGCGAUUGAUGAGGUAUAACAACUUUAAAAAUGAUCCCUUGUCAAAGUGUGAUGGCUGCAGUCCUCCCUAUAAUGGUGAGAACUCCAUUUCUGCACGGUCAGAUCUGAACCCUGCUAACGGCACCUACCCGUUUGGAGCGCUGACGCAGAGGCCUCAUGGUGGAACAGACAUGAAGCUGACAUCCUAUGGUCUCUUUAAGCAGUACGAGCUGUUAGCUGUCAGCGGGCCAACGUGGGACCAGGUGCCUGCGUUUGAAUGGAGCACUUCUCCUUACAGUAGUUUAUUACGCAUAGGCCACCCAGAUCGCUGGGAAUUCCCAACGGUGCAUGUCAGAUGGUCUGAAUAAAAAUCUUCAAAUAGUGUCAUGCAUCAAAACAUGAGCCAUGCUGGAACUAGAACAAUACUACAAAUACUACAGGUUCUCUACUUUCUGUUUUUUAUUUUUUCUUGAUUGCUUUUUAAAUGAACUUGUAUUGUAUAAAUUGUAUUUGACGGGUGUUUACAAAGAGCAAGGAUGAACAAGUAUUUUUUUUUUUUUUUUAAAGUUUGAUACUUGACUUGUAUUCAUACUUGUACUUGGAAUUCAGAAAAACUAUGUUUGAAGAGCAGGAGCAGAUAGUACAAGUUUGAUGUGAAAUUCAACUCCAAUAGUUUGAUUUUGUGUUGAUUGAUCAUAAAUAUAAUUGUAUGUUUUUAUAGGAUUUUUUUAAUUAAUAAAAAUUUUACUUAA